AUGUCGAGUCCAGAGUUAGUUGCAAGUGAAGAAUACCAAGAUUUAAGCAAUAAUAAGCCAAAUGAAACAUUUGAAUAUCCUGAUCAAGCUACAAAAGCUAUUUUAGGCGUCAAUUCCAGUAAUAUUUUGGAAAUAUCAUCACAAAUCAUUGAAUUCAUUAAAACAAAUAAAAUAUCAAUCCAGAUGACACUUUAUUUAAUUGAUAGUUUUUCCAAAAUUCGCCUUAAAAAUAUUGAAUUUUUUGCCGAACUUUAUCAAAUGAUAUCAAAUAAAUUUUCAUGUAAUAUAAAACCUAACAAUAAUAGUUUAGCUAAUUUGUUGCACUACAAAGGUUUCAUAUUUGAGAACUUCAGACCAAACCAAAAACAAGAAAAAAUUAUUAAUCUAUUUUCAAAAGGAUCUCCUUUAUACUAUAUUGCGUGGGAUAAAAUCGAUGAGCUAAAAAACACUUACCCAAACUUCGAUACUAAUAAAGAAAUAAAAGGUAUGACUCCUCUUGAUUGUGCAAUCAAAUAUGGAUCAGAGUUAUGUUUCAAUUUCUUGAAAAAUAUGGGAGCCAAGUAUACUAAUAAUUCGUCGAUUUAUGCUAUUCAAAACGGAAAUAAAAACAUUUUUAUGCAAAUGAUAGAUGAUGGUCAAACAUUUGAUAACAUGAUCCACACAGCAUUAGAGUAUCAUAAUAUUGAAAUUGCAGAAUAUCUUAAAUCGAAUUUUGGACAACAUCUUGAUUCAAUUGCAGAUUGCAUGCAUUUCGGAAAUUUUGAUAUUGCAUCUUAUUUACUUACUAAUGGAUCAGAUGUCAAUAGAAUUUACAAUUUUUUUCUUUUCAUGUCAUUCAUUGUUUUACAAAAUUCUCUUUCUUAUUAUAUUGAUUGUUGUUUAAAUGCAUUCUUUUUCUUUUCAUAUCUUUUAUUAUUUUACGAAAUUCCAUUUAGUUAA